CGGCGGCGCGCGGAGCCGAGGAGCCGAGGAGCCGGAGGAGGAGGAGGAGCAGGAGGUGCUGAGAGCGCGGGAGCCUGCGGACGAGCGCGAUGCCGGCGGCGGCGGGGGACGGGCUCCUGGGCGAGCCCGCGGCACCCGGGGGUGUCGGCGGCGCGGAGGAGGCGGCCAGGCCGGCGGCGGCCUGCGAGGGAAGUUUCCUGCCGGCCUGGGUGAGCGGCGUACCCCGCGAGCGGCUCCGCGACUUCCAGCACCACAAGCGCGUGGGCAACUACCUCAUCGGCAGUAGGAAGCUGGGCGAGGGCUCGUUCGCCAAGGUGCGCGAGGGGCUGCACGUGCUGACUGGAGAGAAGGUGGCCAUCAAAGUCAUUGAUAAGAAGAGAGCCAAAAAGGACACCUAUGUCACCAAAAAUCUUCGGCGGGAGGGGCAGAUCCAGCAGAUGAUCCGUCACCCCAACAUAACUCAGCUCCUCGAUAUCUUAGAGACGGAAAACAGCUACUACCUGGUCAUGGAGUUGUGUCCUGGAGGUAACUUGAUGCAUAAGAUCUAUGAGAAGAAGCGGCUGGAGGAGUCCGAAGCUCGCAGAUACAUCCGGCAGCUCAUCUCUGCAGUGGAGCACCUGCACCGGGUUGGGGUGGUCCACAGAGACUUGAAGAUAGAAAAUUUGCUACUAGAUGAAGACAAUAAUAUCAAGCUGAUUGACUUUGGGUUGAGCAACUGUGCAGGGAUCCUGGGUUACUCCGACCCGUUCAGCACACAGUGUGGCAGCCCCGCCUAUGCUGCGCCUGAACUGCUCGCCAGAAAGAAAUACGGCCCCAAAAUUGAUGUCUGGUCCAUAGGUGUGAACAUGUAUGCCAUGUUGACUGGGACCCUGCCUUUCACAGUGGAGCCUUUCAGCCUGAGGGCUUUGUACCAGAAGAUGGUGGACAAAGAGAUGAACCCCCUCCCCACCCAGCUGUCCACAGGGGCCAUCAACUUCCUACGCUCCCUGCUGGAACCAGAUCCUGUGAAGAGGCCAAAUAUUCAGCAAGCCCUGGCAAAUCGCUGGCUCAAUGAGAAUUACAUGGGCAAAGUGCCCUGUAAUGUCACCUAUCCCAACAGGAUUUCCCUGGAGGACCUGAGCCCAAGUGUGGUGCUACACAUGACAGAGAAGCUGGGCUUCAAGAACAGUGAUGUGAUCAAUACGGUGCUCUCCAACCGCGCCUGCCACACCCUCGCCAUCUACUUCCUCUUAAACAAGAAACUUGAGCGCUACUUGUCAGGGAAAUCUGACAUCCAGGACAGUGUCUGCUACAAGACCCAGCUCUACCAGAUAGAAAAGUGCAGGGCCACCAAGGAGCCCUAUGAGGCCUCCCUGGACACCUGGACAAGAGACUUUGAAUUCCAUGCUGUGCAGGACAAAAAGCCCAAAGAACAAGAGAAGAAAGGGGAUUUUCUUCACCGACCGUUUUCCAAGAAGCCAGACAAGAACGUGCCCUCACACAAGCAGCCCUCCUCGGCCUCACUCAUCACGCAGAUCCACAACACCAAAGCCCUGCUGAGGGACCGGAAGGCCUCCAAGUGUGGCUUCCCCGACAAAGAUUCCUUCGGCUGCCGCAGUAUUUUCCGCAAGACCUCUGAUUCCAAUUGUGUGGCCUCUUCUUCCAUGGAAUUCAUCCCUGUCCCACCUCCCAGGACCCCCAGGACCCUAAAGAAACUGGACUCCCAUCAGCAAGGGCCUGGGAGCAUCAGCAUCCCCCCCCGGGAAGACCCCCUGAUGCUAGACAUGGUGCGCUCCUUCGAGUCUGUCGACCGCGAUGACCACAUAGAACUCCUGUCGCCAUCCCAUCGCUAUAGGAUCCUGAACUCACCAGUGAGCUUGGCUCGAAGGAAUUCCAACGAGAGGACACUGUCCCCAGGGCUGCUGUCUGGAAGCACAGCACCUCUCCAAACUCCUUUGCACCCCACUCUGGUCUCUUUUGCUCACGAGGAUAAGAACAGCCCCCCAAAAGAGGAGGGGGUGUGUUCUCCACCUCCACUUCCCAGCAAUGGCCCCACACAGCCUCUGGGGAGCCCCAACUGUGUGAAGAGCCGGGGCAGGUUCCCCAUGAUGGGCAUCGGACAGAUGCUUCGGAAGCGCCACCAGAGCCUGCAGCCCCCGGUGGAGAGGCCCCCGGAGGCCAGCAUGCCCCCGCUGCAGCCCACAGCCCCCAGCAGCCUCACCUUUGACCUGGCUGAUGGGGUCAAGGGCCAGUGUUAACCUGGACUGGCGAGAUUCUGGGUCUCUAAGGAAAGCAACAGAACAGAGCUCCACACAUCUGUCAGGGUGUGAACAAAGACCUCUUCUAUACCUGUUGUGCAACCUCCCAACCAUGGGUCAGCCCAAAUCCACACACCCAAAGCCUGCACAACCCAACCUCACCUGGGGACUCCUGAGACGCUGGAAAUCCCCAGGAGUCCUGGCUACUGGGGCGGUCGAUUCCAGCCUCAGACUGUCCUUCCUCCCACCCACUCACCAAGCCCUCUUCUGUCUCCCACUGCUGGGCUCGAGGCUGAAAACCAGGCAUCCGACAAGACUGAUCCCGACCCUUACAGCUCUUUCUUCACUCUGUGCUGCCUGUGUGCUGCUCAGGGACCGCUCUCUGCUCAGCAGUUGGUCCCAGCCUCAGAGAGACCCGCAGCAUCCAAGGUCUGUUCAUCGAGGCCUUAUAGCUGAUUCCUUUGGAGUGAAGCGGCCUUUCUCUUGGUAACUAACAGCGAAUCUCUGCAGCUGGGUGUUAGCGGUGUCCCAGCGCACUGGGCCCCAGGAACCCAAGGAACAUGGAGCAGAUCCUCGGGCUAAAGAUGGAACAGUCUGGACCCUGAUGGAAGAAAACAGCUGAAGGAAACUCCCUCCCAAGCAAGACUUUGGUGGCGAUGGUGGAGGGGACUUACCGAUGCCUGGACUUGUCCAAAGAAAUUUUUUUCUUUAUGGGAUGUCAUUAAAUUGAAAUAGGGCUGGGGAUGUAGCUCAGUGGUGCCACACCUCCCUGGCAAGCACAAGGUCUUGAGUUUGAUUCCCAGUACUGGAAAAAGGAAAAAAAAAUUGAAAUAGCAUGAGUUUUAGAAAUCUGGGUGGAGAGAUGAAAAGCAGUCUGACCAAACUCAUGUUUGCAGGCGAGGAGGCAGCACAGAGGGCAGAAAAACUGGCUCAGGUGGUUUUUAAGGGCAUUGGACCACAGUGGCCUGUAGGAGGGGCAAGAGCCCGGCUGGCCUGUGUUCAUUCUGUUGCACCAACAGAGCCAAGAUCCUUCCCUGUAAGAAGGCAUGGGACGUAGCUGGUUCUUUACAGAGAGAAAGAGCGCUGCGGCAGGAUUCGGGUGGCAAGAGGGCAACAUUCCUCCGUGCCGUGUGGCGUUCACUCUGCCCAGGAAACAAGUGAGACCAAGAUCUCAGCUCGUGCUGUGAGCUGGGAACAGGCUCGCUGGGCAGGGCGCGUGUUCACAUACAGGACGCUUCCUUCCUCUAGGAAAGCAGCACCCCCCAAACAGGGUUUCAGUCCAUGCCGUGUUUUCGCACCUUUUACCAAGGAUUGAACCAAAGAUGUGUCUCCGCUUUGUGACUGUGCUAUCCCCGUGUGUGCGUUUUGUACACCCUGCUGUUGUCUGACUGCAUCCAGCUGGAGCCUGAUAGGGGCUUUCUCUGCAGAGGGCCUGGGCCCUGGCCUUUGGCAGGAGACACUCGGUCAUGGGCAGAAUUGCAAGAAGGGGAAAAAUUGGUGCACUUUGGAAUCAAUGGACUGAGAUGGCACAGGUUGGGUAGCAGUUAGUUUAGGAGAUGGGCUGUGGAAUGGCCUGGAAUCUUUAAAUAAUUUUCACUUUUUUUUUUUUUUUUUUGUGGUACUAGAGACUGAACCCAGGGCUAGGCAAGUACUCAAGUGCCGAGCUACAUCAUCAGCCCUUUUUAUUUUUUUAUUUUGAGAUAAGAUGUCACUAAGUUGCCCGGCCUGCCUUUGAAUUUAACAUUCUUUUGCCCCAGCAUCCCAAGUAGAUGGGAUAAUGAGCAUGCGCACCGUUCCUGGCAGGAAUUUUCAACUCUUGACUAUGCAGUGUAGAUGUGACCAGAGACUACCACUGUGGCCACUCCAGGGGUCACCUCAGUCCAUUGAUCCCAAGGUGGGCCACGUCCCUUGAGAAUGGCACAACAGCCUUCAUUGCCCCAGCAGCGAGCCCUUUGCAGCGGAGACUUCCUUGGGCCCCUCCCAGCUCUGAUUCGGCAAGGAGAAACCAGAUCUCGAGCUAACUGUGGAAGUCACCUAGCUGUGUUGGCUGAACCUGGGGCUGCUCAAUCCCUCGGAUGAGAUCACCCCAGCUCUAAUGGAGCUUUUUAAGCAGAGAAAAAAGAAUCAUCCAAAAGACCCUCUCUCCUUUUGACAUGAAAUGCUUGAUUUUCAAUGGGUGGAGAAUCCUUUUGUCAAGAUGGCUUCCACCUACAACGCCCCGCUGAGCAGGCUGGGAAAACAAGUACCAGUGCACCGUGAACUUUCUGUCGACCCUCAUGUCUCUUUUCCUGCAUUUUACUUUCCUGCCAACCUGUGUUUCCCCAUUGUUAGCUUGUGGAGAACAUGUUGAUUGUUCUUCGAGAGCUGCUGCAGAUGUGGUACCACCAGCCGCCAGGUUGCCAUUGGCAACGUGGACUCCGGGCUCAGGCUUACUCUGAAUCAGUGAGAGGAGAGGGCUUUGAGGAAAGGGAAUAAGCUGUAUUUUUGGUGUGUGUGAGCACCAAAGAAAUCUAUGAAACUGAGUGAAAGAAGAAAUGUUCAAUUCUGUAUUAUUUUAUUAUAUUUAUAUGGAAAACUUGACUACCCCUUUGGUAAGUAUGGAGUGUGUUGUCCCUUUGACUCAUGACUGUCCCUUGAUUUGCCUCUGCCUGUGAUUUCAGUCAGCCUGUAGCUACUGACGGAAAUGACCCACCUGCCGCGAGGGCGAAGUCCAGGGGGAAAAGUCCGUUUUAAUUGUAUGAUUUGGUCAUAAAUAAGGACUAUAUUUAUGUCACCAUUAUUAAAUAUAUGUACUUUUAUAAUGACUGUGAAAUAUACUUUUUCCUCACUA